UGCUGUCUGCAACCAGCAUAGGAAGAGGAACUCUGUGACAGCAUGGCGGAUGAGCUAGCAGAAAUGGAGAUGUCACAGGAGCUUUCCAUGCUCUGUUUGAACUGCAGUCCCCCAAAUGCUUACGCAAACAACAGUAAUGUCACCAACUACACCAGUAUCACCUACUACCCAUACUACCAGCACUCUCUGGCCGUGGCUGCCGCCCUGACCGUGGCCUACCUCUUCAUCUUCCUGUUGUGUAUGGUGGGAAAUGGCUUGGUAUGUCUGAUUGUGCUGGAGAACCGGCGGAUGAGAACGGUCACGAACCUCUUCAUCCUCAACCUGGCCGUUAGUGACCUCCUGGUGGGUGUCUUCUGUAUCCCAACAACCCUGGUGGAUAACCUCAUUACAGGUUGGCCAUUCACAAACACAGUCUGUAAGAUGAGUGGUCUGGUGCAGGGCAUGUCUGUCUCUGCCUCUGUGUUCACACUGGUGGCCAUUGCAGUAGACAGGUUCCGUUGCAUCGUAUACCCUUUUCAACCUAAACUCACCCUACUGGUUGCCAAGGUUACCAUAGUGAUGAUCUGGGUGCUUGCGGUGGUGAUUAUGUGUCCAUCAGCUGUGACGUUGACUGUGGAGAGAGUGCAGCAUCAUUACAUGGUCCACAAUAACGACUACAACCACACAUACCCACUUUUCUCAUGCUUUGAGAACUGGGCCAACCCACAGAUGAGAAAAGUUUACACCACCAUCCUGUUUGCACACAUUUACCUUAUUCCCCUCACCCUGAUCACGCUUAUGUACGGACGUAUCGGGAUCAAGCUCUACACCACCUCUGUGAUCUCUGGGAACGAUCAGCACGAAGGUGGACAGUCUCACACCUCCCCUCCGGUCCCUGGAGCCCAGCAGGAAGGCCGGCCCCUCAUUUCUCAAAAGAAGAUCAAAGUGAUCAAGAUGCUGAGCAUCGUGGCCCUGUUAUUCACACUCUCCUGGCUGCCUCUGUGGACCCUGAUGCUCCUCACGGACUAUGGAGGUCUGAACGAAGAUGACUUGGAGCUACUGAGUGGCUACGUGUUCCCAUUCGCUCACUGGUUGGCCUUCUCGAACUCUAGCGUUAAUCCCAUCAUCUACGGGUACUACAAUGAGAACUUCAAGAGGGGCUUUCAGGCGGUGUGCAGGACGCAUUCGUGCUGCUGUGAGGGAAUAUCAGUGAGGAGCGGAAUGCAACAGAAAGCCAGAGGAGAUGUAAGGGAUCCUGCAGUCAACUCCAAUCCCUUGAAUUUUGGUGCGAGGAACCGGGUCUACAAUGACGGCGAUCUGAAGAACUCCGGGACAUGCCUGGAGUUGGAGCACAGGAGAACAGGGCGGCUUUGUAAUAACUCGGUCUGCUCCAAUGACACAGGAUCUAGUGUGGGAUCUGGGAUAAAAGGGGUGACAAACCAAAAAGUCUUUCAGAUGGAGGAGCCAGAAAGUCCUAUCAGAGUGGGUAAAAACCAAGCCUGGGAUGAAUAGAUGGAUUAUUUGUGCAAUUACCUGACUCCACAGAUCUUUAAUGUAAAGUGAGAAAUGAAAAAGUGGAUCAAAUCAGUCCUAAAGUACUUAUCUCUUCAGACAAUUUCUGUGAAAACACUUGGAAUAGGGAUUUUGGGCUCAAAAUUCACAAGCACUAUUUUUUUUUUCCUGGAAAGUGCAAACGAGAACAACGUUAAAAGAGGUUGAAGUCAUAUUAAUCGGCCCUUGGGGUCAAUUUGACAGUUUGCUUCGUUUUUAAAAAGUGUUCCCUUCAUCUCAGGGACAUGAAACUCGGUGAAUCCUCCUAAAUAAUCUAUCUAAACAUGCUCAAAAAAAUCUGGGCUUGAUUUGGUUGUUCUAAAGGUGCGUAAAAAAAAAAUCACUGAUUUAGUCCAUUGGGGUCAGAUUGACCCCACAUUGAAAAUGAAUGGGAAUAUGAAAAAAAAAGUACUUUUUUUCAUUUCAUUUGUCAAAAUUAAUAAAUAAAUUCAGUAUAAAUCUGAAAUGUUCUACAUUUCCAUAAAGGUCUGGUCCUUGACCAUAAACACAAAGUGGAACGAACUUUCUAUCUCAUACACACACACAAACACACGUGUGUGUGACUGCAACAGAGGGCAUUUCUGUAGAAAUUGGCAAAUAAAAUCAACAAAACUGGCCUAAAUCUGAAAAAAUUACAUGUAAAUAAAUGACCAUAACCACAAAGUGGAACGAACUUUCUAUCUCAUCUCAUACACACACACACACACACACACACACACACACACACACACACACACACACACACACACACAUAAGCACAAACAAACAGUCUCUAUUGACCUCUAUUGGAUAUAUGUGGUCAUUGCACUUUUUUUUCUUUCACUAUAAUUCCUAAAGUUUUUACACAAACCUCUAGAUGGUAGUGUUCUAUCCCUAACACAUAGAGCAAUGUCCAAAUACAAUUUAGAUUGAAUUAAGUUCAUCAUUGAAGUGAUUUUUUUCAUUAAAAAUCAAUUUUUCAUAAGCCAAAUUAUGACAUGCCUAAGUAAUUGUGCAGUAAAUAGGUAAAAAAAAAAAAAAA